AUGGCGCAAGACGAAAGCGCGAGAAUACUUUGCGCCAAUGCGCCAGGUGUUGCCCCGAGGGUCAAUUCAAGACCGAAUUCCACAGCAGCGGUCCCGUCCUUGUCGAAUGAUAGCGCUUCCUCGCGCUCAACACCAUCGUGCUUGUCGUUGCGUACUAUGUGGGCAUCGGGAAUCAUCGGUAGUGGUAUUUUGGAAGAAGACGAUACGGGGGCCCUUGUCUUACCCCCUGACCAUGCCAUCCAACGGCAUGUCCGUUCUCCUUCUCCACCGUCUUCACCUCUUUCCCACCAACAGCAGAUAUAUAUCUGCCUUUUCCACAUCCUCGACUGUCAUGAUACAUUCGACGAUUGUGAGCAAUGGAAGACACAUGUUUUAAGCCACUUUCGUACGCAUGAACCACCGGACACGGCCCGUUGCCCUUUGUGUCCCGCAGAGCGGUUCACUAGCACUCCUCAUCAAAGAGCCUGGGAUCUUAUGCUCAAGCAUGUGGAUGUAGCCCACUAUCAACAGGGCCAGAGUCUCGCAGGAAGUCGGCCCGAUUUCGAACUCAUGCGGUAUCUUUAUAACCAAAGAGUGAUCAGUGUUGAUCAGUUCAAGGCGAUGCAGCUUGCACCCCAGCCAUCUAGCCCAGCAUAUCAUCGGCGGCAGGACACGGUCCGUGCGAGUGUCGGUUCAUCGGAUGAGCCAUACUGCGUCCCAUACAGCCGACGACGAGAGGACCGGCUGCGAGGACAGCGACGAGGUUUCAAUGUCUCGUAG